AUGAUUGUCCAAAGGUUUUCAUCUUCAUUUCAUACUCGCAUUGCUGUACUUAUUUUUAUAUGUACAUGGUUAUCAAAUUAUUUAUUAGCAGCACAAACAUUCCUUUCAAUUGAAAAUACCAUUUUAUAUCUUAUUUCACAAAUAUGUGCUCAAUCAAUUGGAGAUGAUCAUGAAAUUCUUAUUCAAUCAUUAUGUUCAUUCGCAUUAGGUUUAUGUUUACUUUUCAAUAAUAAUCAAAUAUCAUCAUAUUCAACUGAAUCACUUGAAAGAUUAAUAAAUGAACGUAUUGAUAUUGAGUUAUUUCAAGAAAAACUUGCAAUACUGUCAAAAUCUGAAUAUUAUACAAAAGCUUUGCAAAAACCACAACUGAAAUUAUCUAAAUCAAGUGAUAUGAUACUUGAUUAUGAAUUCGCUCGUUUAUAUAAAACUCUUGAAGGUUCAAUAACACAUAUGUUAACAAGAAAUUCAAUAAGUUCAACAGAUAGAACCCUUAUUGAUCCAAUAUCAACAAAUCUCGAUGAACAACAAACGUCAACAAUGAUGAUACAUAAUGACUUAAUUCGACAACAGGCUGAACAUAUAAAUGUAUAUAAACAAGAAGAAAAACAACUUAUUCAAGAAUGUGAUAUGUAUAAAAAGAAAAUUAUAGAUUUAGAAGAACAAAUAGAAGAAAUCAAGAGUUGCCUUACCCAACAUACCAUCUAG